GGGCUCUGCGCAGGCGCGCCCAGAGCACGCCCCGGAAGCCGGCAGGUAACCGGAAGUGGUAGCGACUGCGAGCCGGCUUCACUCUACCAGUGCUGGGAUGGCAUAGAUGACCGGAUCCUGCAGGCUUAGCUGCAGGUGAAUUCAGGGUCAUGAUACCUGCCAGGCCUCUUCCCGAAAGAUCUUGCACUGUGUUGAAAAGCUUGAUGAAGUGGGCUCCAUCCACAUGGACUGGCCUUGAGCCUGGCCGGCUCCUUCCACUACAAGGAUCAUCCAGACUGCUGUCAGUGGGCUGUGCAGACCACACCAAGCACCAGGAACCCUCUGGAAAAAAGCCACUGUCAGAGAAAAAACUGAAAAGGCACUUUGUGGACCACCGGAGAGUGCUGGUUCGUGGAGGAAAUGGAGGGUCCGGCAUGAGCUGCUUCCACAGUGAACCUCGCAAGGAGUUCGGAGGCCCUGAUGGUGGUGAUGGAGGCAAUGGCGGCCAUGUCAUCCUGAGAGCUGACCAGCAAAUCAAGUCCCUGUCCUCCGUCCUGUCCCAGUAUCGGGGUUUCAGUGGAGAAGAUGGCAGCAGAAAGAACUGCUCUGGCCGAGGUGGCGCCGUCCUCUAUGUCCAGGUCCCUGUGGGCACCUUGGUGAAGGAAGGAGGUGAGAUUGUUGCUGACCUGUCCCACCCUGGUGACGAAUAUGUUGCUGCACUGGGGGGUGCUGGAGGAAAAGGCAACCGCUUUUUCUUGGCCAAUGACAACCGUGCCCCAAUAACAUGUACCCCUGGACAGCCAGGUCAGGAGCGUGUUCUCUAUCUAGAGCUCAAGACGGUGGCCCACGCUGGGAUGGUUGGCUUUCCCAAUGCUGGGAAGUCCUCGCUCCUCCGAGCCAUUUCAAAUGCAAAGCCCACUGUGGCUUCCUACCCGUUCACCACCUUGAAGCCCCAUGUGGGGAUCGUUCCCUAUGCUGGUCACCAGCAGUUAGCAGUGGCGGACAUCCCGGGCAUCAUCCGAGGCGCACACCAGAACAAGGGCCUGGGGCUCGGCUUCCUCAGGCACAUCGAGCGCUGCCGCUUCCUCCUGUUCGUGGUGGAUCUUUCCCUGCCCGAGCCAUGGACUCAGGUUGAUGAUUUAAAAUAUGAGCUGGAGAAGUAUGAAGAAGGCCUGUCCGAGCGAGCCCAUGUGAUUGUUGCCAAUAAGUUGGAUCUCCCGCAGGCCAGAGCCCACCUGCCCCAGCUCCAGGCCCGCCUGGGACUGGCGGAGGUCAUCGCCUUGUCAGCACUGACAGGGGAGAACUUAGAGCAGCUGCUGCUUCGUCUGAAGGUGCUGCAUGAUUCCUAUGUGGAGGCUGAGCUAGGGCAGGGCCGGCAGCCUUUCAGCUGGUAGCACUCAGCGGCAGCUUGCCCCAGGGUCUGUGGGGUGGGGUGGGCCAGGGGCCACCAAAGACAAAAGCAAACCUCGUUGUAAAAUGUGGGCAGCUUUGAACACUGAGAGAAAGUGCUUGUAAAUA